AUGGUCAGACGACGAGAGAGAAGAAGACAACGCGAAAGCGCACAAAACCCGGCAAAGUUUUCGAACGAGAAGAAGGAAGGAGAAGACUUUACAUUUUGUCGAAGAACGGAUGACGUCGAAGAACGAAACCGAGAGACGGAAGAAGAAGAAGAAGAAGAAGAAGACGAAUGUGAUUGCGUAGAAUUGUCGAGUCAGCAGCGAUGCGUGAACAGCGCGAGUAUCGCACACACGGCGAGACGAUUACGUCUCCCGUUCGUGCAACAGAAACGCUCCUGGGAUUGCGGCUUAGCGUGCGCUUUAAUGAUUUUAAGAGAACUCUCGAAAGGCUUUGAAGAAGAGAAGAACGCGGUUAAAAAAGUGCACCUGAGAGAUUUGAAGGCGUUUUUGAAGGGUGAAGAGUCAGUGUGGUCGAUCGAUAUCGCUUUAGCGUUGCGCGCGUUCGGAGCGAAGAGAGUGCAUUUUUACACCACGGAAAUAGGCGCGAAGAGGCAAUAUAAAAACGAACGGUUUUACGAAAAGACGUUCGAGAUGGACGCGAAGAGGGUGAAGAGGGCGUUUGCGAUUGCGAGAGAGAAGGAGAGCGGGAUCGAAGUGCGAUUGGUAGAAGGCGGGAUGAAAGACGAAUGGAUGGAACGAGAGGUUGGGGAGAAGAGCGAGAAGAUGUUGAUCGUUCUGGUGGAUAAGAUAGUGUUAGAGAACGGGUACGACGAUGAACAUGGCGCGAAUGAUGAGUUUCGCGAUCAUCAUCGUUCUCACAAUGGAUUUGUCGGGCAUUACGUUUGCGUCGUCGGCGUUAAAGGCGACUCUUUUAUAAUUCAAGAUCCGGCGCGUCCGGAAGUCGUGCGAGUGCGCAAAGACGUCUUGCACCGCGCGCGAAAAUCCUUUGGCACGGACGAGGACUGCAUUGUCGUCGAUAGAACGAGUCCGAAUAAUAGGAAACAAAAAGAACGAUUAGACUUAGCUGCGAUGUUGGAUGCGACUCGUGUAGUAUCGAAAGUAACAAACGAUAGGAAUUUUGAAUAUUAA